UCAUAAGAUCGUGGCGGGAUAUCAUGUUAGCAGUGACUGCGAUAGUAUUUCUGGCUACAGCAUCAGCAACUCUCGACGAGCCUAUCUGUCCCAAACAAAACGAGGCUAAUUGGGAAAUAGAUAUUUUUUUGCCGCACCGAAAAUGCGACAGAUUCUAUCAAUGUACAAACGACGAACCGAUAGAGAUUUCGUGUCCGGAGGGCCUGUACUUCAGCACUAUAAAGAAUAUAUGCGAUUGGAAAGAUUUUGUCGAGUGUGGCGAUAGGGUUCUGCCCGAUGCGUUUAGUUUGGAUAGCUCGGAAUUAUUCCUGGAAUCAGAAGUGCCGCAUCCUGUGGAGAACCCCGUAAGAAAUGUUACACAAGAGGACUACACGUUUGCUCCGAAAGCCUCAAAUACAGGAUUCUUGAAAAACGGCUGCCCGACUGACAGUAACUUGGUUUGGUUGUUACCUCACGAAAGGUACUGUAAUUGGUUUUACAUAUGUAUUAACGGCGAGAAACAUUUAAGACGAUGUCCCUUCUGGUUACAUUACAAUAGACGUCUUAAGGUACAAAUUGAGCUGAACUGUGAACCAGUUUAUUGA